CGGCUGCAGCCACUACCCCCGUCCGCGAUGGUGGCCCGCUCACCCGCUCGGCACGGAGCCGGCGGCCGGCGCUGGCCGCGGGCGGCCGCCUGGUUGUGGUUGGCGGCGGCGCUGGGCGCCGUGUGGCCGCCUCGGGGCUCGCUGGUGCAGGGCCGGCGGCUGAUCUGCUGGCAGGCGGUGCUGCAGUGUCAGGGGGAGCCCGAGUGCAGCUACGCGUACAACCAGUACGCCGAGGCGUGCGCCCCGGUGCUCCUGCAGCAGCAGCCGCCGGCGGCGGGCGAAGGGGACGGCCCGGCGGGCGCUGCAGGCGCGGCCGCCUCGUCCAGGCGGCGGUGCCCCAGCCACUGCAUCGCGGCGCUCAUCCAGCUCAACCACACCCGGCGUGGCCCGGCGCUGGAGGACUGCGACUGCGCGCAGGACGAGAACUGCCGCGCCACCAAGCGCGCCAUCGAGCCCUGCUUGCCCCGCACCAGCAGCCCCGCGGGCGGCGGCCCUGGCGGCGGCGGCCCCGGCGGCCCCGGCGUCAUGGGCUGCACGGAGGCGCGGCGGCGCUGCGACUGGGACAGCCGCUGCAGCCUGGCGCUGAACCGCUACAUGACCUACUGCGGGAAGCUGUUCAACGGGCUGCGCUGCACGCCCGAGUGCCGCGCCGUCAUCGAGGACAUGCUGGCCGUGCCCAAGGCCGUGCUGCUCAACGAUUGCGUCUGCGACGGGCUGGAGCGGCCCAUCUGCGAGUCGGUCAAGGAGAACAUGGCCCGCCUCUGCUUCGGCGCCGACAUGGGCGGCAACGGCGCGGGCAGCAGCGGCGGCUCGGACGGCGGCCUGGAGGAGUACUACGACGAGGACUACGAGGAGGAGCCGAGCCAGAAGGGGAGGGACGACGCGGAGGACAAUGCGGGCGCCGAGCCCGGCUUCCCCGUGCAGAGAGAUAACGCUGGCCGGCCCGCCAGGGCGGCUGGGGCGCUGCUCGCCUCCAUCUUGGUGCCGCUGCUGCCGCGGCUCUAGCAACCCUCUCUUCCCGCACCCCUCCUGCCUGCUUCCCAUCGCUGCCUCCCUCCAUCGCUGCCUCCCUCCGCAUCCCCAUCCCCUUCGCCGGGCCGGGCCGGGCCAGGCCCCCCGCGCCGAGCCGCCGCGGGCCUCUAGUCGAGCCCUCCCGCGGCGGCCGGGGAUCCGGCCGGCGGGGCCCCUCGGCGCGGAGCGGCUUUAAACGCUCUGGCCGCGGAUUCCCCGACCCAUCGCCCCGGCGCCCCUUUCCCUCGCGACUCCCCCUCUGCCUCCGCUGCUCCGCGCAGCCCCCAGCCGACCCCUUUCCCCGGCCCGACGCUGCGAGCCGGCCGCUGGAGCGGUGGCCGGAGCGCAGGGGCCGCUCGUGUUUCGGGUGUUGGUCUCGAGUGUGCACUAUGCAAUUGCUGCCACCCUGCCUUCGUGUUACUAGCGAGCGGAGCGGCUGACAGAGACUGCGGGCGAGGCCGCUAGCCGCCCCCCGGAACAAACCGGGAGUUGUGGCAUGCUGGUACUGGGGGUCUUUUAAGAGUUUUGACAUGAAGGUUAGUAAGAGGUGGGCAACCCAAACUUGCUGCCAAAGCGUUGCCGUACUAGUUAGUCAGCAAUUUGAUUACCAUUAGCCGCAUCUCGCUCUUCCUGAUGCAGUUGUGCCCGAAAGGGGCUUUUGCCUCAUCUACCAUUAAAUUUAGGGAAAUAGCAGACUGAAUAAAUUUGGUGGUUUACAGCACUCCCUCUUGCACACACAUAUUCCCUAUAACAAAAGCGUGCCAGCAGCCGUCUCUUCCUCUGUAACCUAGCGACAUUAAAAAAAAAAUCGUUUCGGAGUUGUUGGCUAUACUGAACAAUGCAACUUUUGUUUUAAAAGAGCUCUGCACUGCCAUCUUUAAAAGACACUUUUAAACUCGAGAACAUGUAUGUACAAAUAUCCUGAAAAGUUUUAUUGCCUCGUCAUAUCAGGGUGCUGACCUCUGGUAAAUCUUAUAUAAAAAAAAAAGUAUUUAAAACUGGGAUUUGUUACCAGUCGCUCUUCAUUGUAUAUAGAAUUUUAUAAAUUGUAUGCUUUGGGGAUAAUUUAUUUUAAAAAAAUAAUAAAAAGUUUUAAUUCCAUGUCCUAUUUGCCAGGUAGCUGCAUUUGCUGUUAGUUUCUGGAAAGGUACAGAUUUCACUUUAUGUUUAAAGGGAUACCAGCAACAGUGAUUAAGUGAAGUAUUCUCUAGAACAUCAAAUGUACAGUGUAUUUUACAGAUUGAAAGUUAACUUUCUUAUUUGGAGAGACUUUAUGAGCGUUUUAGAAUUGUAUAAAUGCAUUUCUGAGCUGCCUUAAACCUUGUAUUUUUAUAGAAGGCAUAAAAAAGGCCUGUCUUUUAAAUACGUAUGGCUUUUUUUUGUAUUUUCUAAACGUGUAAAUUAGAAAAGAAAGAGCUUUAAAUAAUGAAUGCAGUGAAAUUGUUUUCCAGGGACACUUGAACUCUCAGCACCCGAAAUGUGGGGGUGGGGGAAGAGAGGCGGGGAUCAAACCACAGAAUAACAAACCAAAAAACAGUCAAAAAACAAAAAUCUGUGUCUGCCUGUAAUACUUCACAUAGAUGUAAAUUACUGCUAUUCUUACUUUAAUGGAUAAUUACAUGCAAGAAGUAAAUACAGCUUUGAAAGUA